CUGGCAGUACUACUGAGACAGUUCUAUGGCGAGGUACGGAAAGAUGAUGGCACUCCAUAUGCUAAAGGGAGUUAUGGAGGUCUGAGAGCAGCCAUUCAUCGCCACCUCACCGGACCCCCCUACAACUGCAAGUACAACAUUUUGAAAAACAAGGAGUUCCAAGCUGCCAAUAACGUGUAUUACGGUGUGAUCAGGCAGCUUAAGAGAGAUGGACUGGACGCUCGCAAGAGCUAUCCACCCAUCCUAGCGUCUGACAUCACUAAAAUGUUCGAGACCAAAACGUUGGGUGUCGAUAAUCCGGUGGCCCUCCAACGACUGGUGUUCUUCUACGUCUCUUUUUACUUAUGCCAAAAAGGGAAGGGAAAUCUGAGGGACUUGAAGGUUGGUGACUUUGUCCUCAACACCGAAGGAGGAAGGAAGUACUAUACCCUUAAGUACUACGAACACCAGAAGAACCACCCUGAUCGUCUACCUGAAAAUCAACCAUCACCAAGAUUGUAUGAAUCUCCCAACGACACGCGCCCCUGCCCAGUCCAGGCGUUUGAGCUGUACUGUAGUAAGCUGCACAACAGAUGUCCGUACCUCUUCCAAAGGCCGAGUCCGCAGUGGGAGCCAGGUUGCCAUACUUCCGAGUGGUACUACUGUGAACCUGUCGGCCACAACAAGCUCGCCACGAUGAUGCGAGACAUUUCCAAAGCUGCGGGGUUGAGCAAACCUUACACUAACCACAGCGUCACCGUUACUGCUAUAAAGGCCCUGGACAAGGCUGGGUUUGAAUCAAGGGUUAUAAUGAGCCUAUCCGGGCACAGGGCUGAAGCGUCAGUCCAUAGGUGGAAGCAGGGUUCUAGAGAGCGGCCGAGAGAGGCAUGUUCGGAUGCGUUAGGAGCAGCGCUCGGUCUACUAGGCUCUUCUGUCAAAACGGAUGACUGAAUAGGGAUGCAAGAAAUUUUCGGACUCCAACAAUGCACCACCAGUCAACAUCAUCCAGGUACAUGUGUGCUGGCAAGAGAGAAGUCUUCCAACAGUCAACAGUCUAUGGGACAUGAUGAUACAGACACACAUAGCCCAGCGGAAUGGAAUACAGGUUGACAGAGAUACCGUAACAUUUACUUCUGCCCCAGCAAAAGGGAAUACUUUGUUCCGUCUACAUAAAGAGAGUACAUAAAAGUUACAGUUUUGUAAAUUUGUGCAAAAUUACAAGAAAAUGUGGUACAGUGUCAAUGUCAGUUUUGAGGUUUAACAUUGUCACAUUAUAUCACAUAAAUAUGACAGAUAACAGUCAUGGCACAUUUCCGAGCGGUAACACAGAAAUUUAGCUUUGCGAAAAAACAUUGUUCAUUUAUUUAUUUAUUUGUUCGGCUGUAUUUCUCCUAAAUGGUUUGGAGUAAUCACAUUUUGAAAUGUGAAAACAUGUUAGUUAUAACAUUAUCUAAAGUAACAUAAAUCUCACUAUAAUAUGAAAAUAUGUGGCUGUACACAAACAUGUUCCCAAACGAAGAUGUGAAAUAAUGUUUAA